AUGGACAGAAGUGCUGAUUCCGGCAAGCAAUAUGAAAGAUUCACCAAAGAACAGAAGAUUCUGUUGAAGAAUAAGUCAUAUUGGGAGGUUGAGAUGACCAGCAUUGCGAAAAUGGAUUAUGUUUUGUUAAUUAGCCCUAUAGAGUACAGAAAAAAGAGCAAGAGAAAUGCAGAUCACAGGACGUCUAUUGUAGCCAGCUUAAUAAAAGGCGCGAACAUUCUUGAAUAUGACCACCACCAAAAUCGCCAAGGUCCUGAUGCCCUCGCUCCACCCUGGUGGGAAUCCUUUCAUUUUUAUUUAAUCCACAAAUUGGUGGAUGAUACAGACAGAUCCAUCUUCGGUGCCAUUUACGAAUACGAAUUCCCCAACUACUCAACUACGUCGACGUCUCACAAUCAUAAUCCACCAAAGUAUGGGAUUGCCUUUCAAGGUACAAUAGUGAAACGACAAAGCAUUAUCAGGGAUGUGAUCUUGGACCUCCGAGUCAUUUUGAACAGUCUUAACAAGACCUCCUAUUUUCGUAUCGAUUUUCAAGUUGUACAAAAUAUUGUUGAAAUUAAUCACGGGGUCACAGACAUCUGGCUAGCAGACCAUUCAUUGGGUUCUGCAAUUGCGUUAAAUAUUGGUAGGGGUAUGGUUAAAAGGGGGAUCCGUCUCGAAACAUAUCUUUUUAACCCACCAUUUGCAUCUCUUCCAAUAGAGAUAAUCAAGAACGACAUAUUGAAGCACGGAAUCUGCGGUGCUCAUAGUGUAAAUGUGAUACUUUAUUUUAUUGUCGACAUAAUGAGUAGUACUCCUUAUGAUAACGAUGGUACAUUUACUCAAUUAUGCGGAUGGAUUCUUAACUUAUUUGUGAAUCCAUCAGAUCCUAUUUGUUCCAAAUAUGUUGGGUAUUUCGAACAUAGGGAGAAGAUGAUAGAGUUUAGUGCUGAGGGAAUUGUACGGAUCGCAAUAUGA